AUGUCUUUGGUGGGCAAUAGGAGUAAUGAGAUUCAGAUGUCAAACACCAUUCAUGUCAUCCGAUCCACAACCUGGAUCACGCCGUCCAGGCUCGAUCUCAUGGAGAGCAAACAGAUCGGCCCCGAUGGCAAGUUCACAGCCAGCCGAAUCGACCGGUUCACCACUGAUCCAGCAAUGUAUCGCAAAAUCAUCAAAGCAGCCGAGGAGCGUGUCAUCAACGGCAGCCCUAUUGCUCUUUUGGCCGUCGAUACACUGCGUGCAAACAUGGAAAAGGCAUUAAACCACGACAAGAGGCUCUACGAGGCCCUUGUGCCUAAUUUCCCUAUUGGCUGCCGCCGCCUGACCCCCGGGUGGGCUACCUUGCAGCGGGGCACUCACCAAGACCAAUGUGCGCACGGUGACAGAGCGCAUCGAGCGGAUUGUCCCCGAAGGCCUGGAACUGGAAACCAGGGAGGUCAUGGCCUUGCAUCCCGGUAG